GCCUGCUAUCAGUCAUUCGUUGCCCACCAGCAGCCCAGGCAGAGCAACAAUGAGGAUCACGGUGUGCGUAGUUUUGCUGGCGGCGUGCUACCUGUCGUCCGCUGAAGAGGCCGCUAAAGCGGAGGAGAAGAAGACCAGCAAGACGGAGAAGCGCGGCCUCUACGGCCUGGGCAUCGGCGGAUACGGAGGCGGCUUCGGCGGCGGCUUCGGCGGCGGCUACGGCGGCGGCUACGGCGGCGGCUACGGCGGCGGCUAUGGCGGCGGCUUCGGGGGUGGACUCGGCGGCGGCUACGGCGGCGGCAUCGGCUACGGCGGAGGAGAGGUGAAGGCCAUCACCAUCACGAAAGAGGUGCCGGUGCCGGUACCGCAGCCGUACCCCGUCACCGUGGAGCGGAAGGUGCCCUUCCCCGUGAGGGUCCCCGUCAAGGUGCCGGUGGACAGGCCGUACCCGGUGAGCGUGCCGCAGCCGUACCCCGUCCCCGUGGAGAAGCCCGUGCCGUACCCCGUGAGCGUGCCCAAGCCCGUCGCCGUGCCGGUGCCGCAGCCCGUGGUCGUCAAGCAGCCCGUGCCCGUCGUCCUCAAGGGCGGCUACGGCGGCGGCCUGGGCGGCUACGGGGGCGGCUUCGGCGGCUUCGGUGGCGGCUACGGAGGCCACGGAGGCUUCGGAGGCGGUUUCGGAGGCUUCGGAGGCUACGGAGCUCCAGUGGCCAGAGAGGUGUCAGUCAUUCGUUGCCUCCAGCCAUUCCAGCACGCAACAAUGAGGAUCCAGAUUAGCGCAGUAUUUUUGGCGAUGUGCACCGUGUCCAUUGCUAAAGAAGCAGCCACUAACAAAGAAGGGACCAAGAAGAACGAGAAGCGAGGCCUGCUGGGUCUAGGAGAUGGCGGUUUCGGCUACGGCGGUGGCUUCGGCGGCGGCUUCGGCGGCGGCGUCGGAGCUGGCUUCGGGGGUGGACUCGGGGGCGGAAUCGGAGGCGGCGGCUUUGGAGGCGGCGGUGCGGCCGCUGGCGGCGGACAAGUGACCUCCGUGACCAUCACCAGGGAGGUGCCGGUGGCGGUGCCACAGCCGUACCCGGUGGCCGUCGAGCGCAACGUGCCGGUCCCCGUCAGCGUCCCCGUCCACGUGCCGGUGGACAGGCCGUACCCGGUGCACGUGCCACAGCCGUACCCGAUACCCGUGGAGAAGCCGGUGCCGUACCCCGUGAGCGUACCCAGACCCGUCGCCGUGCCAGUGCCCCACCCGGUGGUCGUCAAGCAACCGGUUCCCGUCGUCAUCGGCAGCGGCGGCUCUGGUGGCUUCGGUGGACUCGGAGGCCUCGGGGGAUCUUCUCUCUCCGGCCACGGUGGUUUCGGCGGCGGAUUUGGAUCUUCGUCCUUCGGCAGCCACGGAGGAUACGGCGGUGGCGGCCACGGAGCGCACGUCAGCUUUUCGUACAUCGGACACCAUAAAACUGAUCUGAGUACCCAAUUGGGCGAGGUCACGACGGAAAUAACUGGACAAAUCCAAGCAGUAAAUCCUGAGAUCCGUAAACAGGUUGAGGCCGAGAUCAAGCAGGUGUCUAGUAAAUUUGAUGCAGCACUAGGAGCUGCCAAGGGUGAAAUUAAUGCCACGGUAGAAGCAUACCAUAGCGAAACUGUUCCAUUAAAGGGUAAUUGUGAUACCAUGUCAAAGGAGGUAAGCAGCAUGAAACUGGUUGUCACUAAUAUGGCAAAGGAGAUAGAUGAUAUGACGAAACAAGGAGAAUCACUUGACAUGGAGGGGCAGCGUGUCCACGACGUUUUGCUCGUCAGCGAGAGAAACGAGCCAGGUGAACAAUACUGGUCCUCUCGCGCCUGGAGGCAGCCGGCGGCAUGUAACAACAGGUGCCGGGAGAAAGCGCGCGCGGAAGGACCGCUCGCUCUCCGCCGCAGCUCCUAUAAAAGGGCCGCCGUCGUCGGAAGAGGCAUCAGUCAUUCGUUGCAGCCGGCACACACACGAGCAGCGAUGAGGAUCGUGUCGACUUUAGUUUUUCUGGCGGUGUGUACCGUGUCCCUUGCAAAGGAAGAUGGCACUAAGAAAGAAGGAGGCAAGAGCGCGAAGAACGAAAAGCGAGGGCUGUUCGGCCUCGGAGAUGGCGGCUUCGGCGGCGGAUACGGUGGCGGCUUCGGAGGCGGCCACGACUUCGGAGGCGGCUUCGGCGGCGGCGGCUUCGGAGGCGGACACGGAGGAGACCUGGGUGGAGGCUUCGGAGGCGGCUACGGGGGAGGACUCGGCGGCGGCUUCGGAGGCGGCGUUGGCGUCAGCGAAGGCAAGAUCAAAGCCAUCACCAUCACCAAAGAAGUGGCCGUACCUGUUCCACAACCGUACCCCGUCACAGUGGAGAAGAAGGUCCCCUACCCUGUGAAAGUCCCCGUGAAGGUCCCCGUGGACCGGCCGUACCCCGUCCCUGUGCCAAAGCCGUACCCUGUGCCUGUUGAGAAGCCGGUGCCGUACCCGGUGAGCGUACCCAAGCCUGUCCCGGUACCCGUGCCCCACCCUGUGCUGGUGAAGCAGCCUGUGCCAGUCGUCGUUAAGGACAGCGGCUACGGCGGCGGCUUCGGCGGAGGUUUCGGAGGAGGUCUCGGCGGAGGCCACGGCAGCUUCGGCGGAGGAUUCGGAGGGUCGUCUUUCGGUGGGCACGGGGGAUACGGAGGUGGCAGCUUCGGUGGACACGGAGGGUUUGGCGGUGGCAGCUUUGGCGGUCACCACUAGUAUAGUGUCAGCAGGUCACCCUAUCUGCUGGUAGCGACUCAGCAUCUAGUCUCCUUACACUGACCAGAAAGGCUUGUAAAUUUUAAUAUUUUUCUAUGAAAUAAAUGAUAUUUACAGAUGA